CUUGGGAAGGAAGAAUCCUUUCCCAACCUGAACCGCGUAUACUUCUACUGACAAGUUUGAUUGGUGCAUGUUACCUACCUCUAUGGGCCGCUACGGAGGGAGCAUGUACUUUGUAGGUACCUGUCUAUGCAGAAAGAAGAAUGCGGGGUCACAGGGUCGCAGUGUGCUGCCUCAACCCCUCGCGACAGUCACUCAAUGAGUCUCGCCUUUCACCAUGUUCAAUGCCCGAUUACGAGCCAAAACACCAGGGCAGAACGUGCGGUGUUGCACUGAAACCGACGCCGAUGACCGGGUAAUGCGGCAAGACACAAAACAAGAUGGGCUGUCUCGGCUUGCUGGAAUAUAAACGCCUGGACACUUGGCUGGCGUCCUCUCUUGUGCUUGAGAUUUGCCUUCGAUAACACCACGUCGUACCUAUCCUUCACUCUUUUUUGUCCAUCUCUUUCCCAAGCCCCAAGAGCUGCCGUUUCCGCAAUGACGGCCUCCCGCUCUCGGGGAAUUCCCCCUGAAGAAGUCGACGGCACACCCGACUACUGCAAUGAGUCUGUCUUCCGGCGCAACACUCUACCUCCACGGACAUACCACAUUCCCACGGAAAAUUCCCUCUUGCUCAACGGCCAAUGGGACUUUCACUACGCCUCGAGUCCUCUAGCUGCUCCAGACCCGACCGCAGAAAAUGGCCACAACUCGGCUGACAAGCACAACGCAAAAUACCAGUGGACUACCAUUCAAGUUCCUGGCCAUUGGCAGCUUCAAGGCCACGGUAUCCCACACUACACCAACGUCCAAUACCCAUUUCCCGUCUGUCCGCCCUUUGUGCCUUCGGAGAAUCCCACUGGUACCUAUCGACGCUCCUUCUUCGUACCGGACACGUGUGAGACUGACCAGCUCCGCUUGCGAUUCGACGGCGUUGACAGUGCCUACCACAUUUGGAUCAACGGUGUUCUCAUCGGGUACGCUCAAGGUUCCAGGAACCCUUCCGAAUUUGACGUAACCGAAUAUGUCGACCGAGCCGGCCCCAACGAGCUCGUUGUUCGGGUCUACCAAUGGUCAGACGGCUCAUACAUUGAAGACCAGGAUCAGUGGUGGCUUUCGGGCAUCUUCCGCGACGUACACCUCUUGGCCUUCCCCCAAACGCGCAUCGAGCACUGGUUCUUACGGACAGAUCUCGACGUCGAAUACAAAAAUGGAAUACUCAUUGCCGAGAUCGAUGUCAAAACAAACUCUCGCUCGGUGAUAGAAGUAGAAGUUCUGGAUCACAACCAAGAUAUUGUCGGCUGUGCAGAAGACUGGGGUUUUGGCAGCAGAAAGGUGAUGCUCAGGAUUCCCAUCAACAAUGUUGACCAAUGGACAGCGGAAAGCCCGAAUCUCUACACAGUCCGGAUAGAGCAUGUGGUCGACGAGACACUUUUCCAUGUGGUUAAACAGAGGGUCGGGUUUCGCAAGGUUGAGCUGAAGGACGGACUGAUCUGUGUCAACGGGAAGCCCAUCAGAUUCCGCGGCGUCAAUCGACAUGACCAUCACCCUUCCUUUGGACGUGCUGUACCGCUGGACUUCAUCAGAAAGGAUCUCCUGCUUAUGAAGAGACACAACAUCAACGCGCUGCGAUGCAGCCAUUACCCAUCGCACCCAAAGCUUCUGGACCUUGCUGACGAGCUCGGUCUUUGGGUCAUAGACGAGGCAGAUCUUGAAUGUCACGGAUUCUACGAUGCCAUUGCACGGCCCUUGAAUAUACCUGAAGAGGUGGAUUACGAAGAGCGAAAGAAGCUUACUUUCGGUCAUGCCGCCAAGUUUACAAGUGACAAUCCGUCCUGGAAAGCAGCGUAUCUGGAUCGUAUGGCGCAGCUCAUACACAGGGACAAGAAUCACGCCUCUGUCAUUAUCUGGUCCUUGGGCAACGAGGCUUUCUAUGGCCAAAACCACAAAGCCAUGUACGAGCUUGCGAAAGAUAUCGACCCUACAAGGCUAGUCCACUACGAAGGAGACCCUCAUGCUGAGUCUGCAGACAUGUUCUCAUACAUGUAUCCAUCCGUUGAGCGAUUAGUCAGCCUCGCCAAGACUGAAGGCGUUAGGUCUGAUGGCACCUUUGAGAAGCCUAUAGUGCUUUGCGAAUACGCGCACGCAAUGGGAAACGGACCUGGCUGGCUCGAGGAUUACGAAGAGGCAUUCCGCGCCUACCCUCGCCUUCAAGGAGGCUUCAUAUGGGAGUGGGCUAACCACGGUUUAUGGAAAGAAGACCCUGAUGGAAAGUCCUAUUAUGCUUACGGAGGUGAUUUCGGCGAUGUUCCUAAUGACGGGACGUUUGUCAUGGACGGUCUUUUGUACAGCACUCAUCAACCGACGCCUGGGCUACUCGAGCUUCAGAAAGUGUAUCAGCCUAUAAAAGCCGAGUUGAUUGACUAUAGUGAUGUGGCCUGUAAGCUGAGGAUCACGAACUCUUACGACUUUGUCUCAGUCAAUCAUUUAACCGCGACUUGGAAAGUUGAAUCUUUUAUGAACACCACUAGUACCAUCUUGCAUAGCGCUGGCGUCAUGGAACUGCCACAUAUACUCCCACGAUCAUCAAAGAACAUCGAGCUGAGUCUAAGGCGACCAUUGCCGUUACAUCCACCUAUGUGGUUGAGCGUCUCAUUCCGCCUGAAAAGCUCGACAGCAUGGGCGGAAGAGGGACACGAAGUUGCUUGGGCUCAAUUUGAACUCGGGUCUGAUGAUGGAUUUUCCCAUGGUUCCACUUUCUUCUAUUUACCAAGCCUGACCAAUCUUCCACUCCGAUCCGAAUCAUCUGGCACUCUAACCACCAUUACUGGACAUAACUUCACCAUCAACUUCGACAAUGCAAAAGGCUAUAUGACCAGUUGGACAACUGGUGGUACCCCCCUCCUCGAACCCAACCCGCGAACUGGCGCGGCCAUUAUCCCCUCUUUCUGGCGUCCACCCACCGACAAUGAUAAUCCCAUUUCCCUCCCGUACUGGAAGCGCUUCGGUGUCCAUGCCAUGACUAGCCAGCUCCGAUUCUUCGACGUUACUGCCACUGCUAAGAUGGUCGUAAUCACAACGAGAACGCUUCAUUCCCCGCCAAUUCUCUCCUGGGGGUACCUUGUCCAUACAGUCUACGAAAUCACUAAAAUUGGCGACAUUCACAUAUCGGUAACCCUGAAACCUCAGUCUUCUGACUACGUCAACACCCUUCCAGCCCACGUCCCUCGUGUGGGUCUUGAUCUCCGUCUCUCACGCCGUCUCGAUGCCGUGAAGUGGUUCGGCCUAGGACCGGGAGAAUCCUAUCCUGAUAAGCGCACUGCCCAGCGCCUCGGAAUUUGGUCGGUGGACCACGUCGCUGAUCUUCAGACCCCUUAUGAGGUACCACAGGAGAACGGCAACCGCAUGGGUACCAGGUGGGUAGCCAUCCAUGAGCCUCAGGGGACCGGGCUACGAGCUAUAGCAGGGGACGACGGUGAGUGGUCUGAUAAGUGCGAGAGGAACUUCAGCUUCGUAGCGACGAGACACAGCGCAAAGGCGUUAGAAGAGGCAAAACAUCCAUGCGAUCUCGUGGAAGAGGAUGCUACGUUGUUGAGGCUUGACGCAAAGGUUGCGGGUGUGGGCACUGCAGCUUGCGGGCCGGGUGUGAGGGAGGAUUUGCUCGUCAAGGUUGAGGAGAUGAAGUUCUCGUUUGUGUUGAAGCCUCUGAUUUGAAGGGGAGGCAUUAGAAUCACUAGCAGGAUGCUUCUACAUUGAAAAUUUGAACACCUUCAAAGCACAUAGUUCCAUACUUGCAUAUGCUAUCAUGACACAAAAG